GCCCCUUACCAAGCUCCUCCUUUUGACAUACAAAAAGGCAUCUCAGGAAUGGCAGGGACAGUCAAAGAAGUCAAAAACGUUGAGGGUUGGCCCAAUUCUGGUGGAGUUGUCGAAGAAGGCGCAAGCAACAAAUCUUUACGUGCCACUGAAUUGGCUGGUACUCAUAUAAGGACCUUCCCUCAACCAUCUCUGAAAAGCAGUAAAGGAAUAAUUUAUGCUAGAGCGCCAGGUGAAAUGAAUCUGCUUACAAAUAGUUGAGGGCCUUCCUUCAUUUAAACUAGAGAGAUCAAUAGCAUUCAUAGUAAGGUCUACAUAAACAGUCGAAAGCCAGACAGACUUGACCUGGAUGACAAACCUCAACCAAUUAUUAGUAAUACGUGUCGUCGUCGUCGUCGUCCCCCCCAACAAAAAAAAGAUCCCAGGAUAAUAAGCACUCAGAACUCAACCAGACUCAACCCGAUCAAGACCAGCCAGAAUAAAAGCUUGAGAGAACAAUCUAAUCUAUGUAACAGAAAGAGCAAAAAGAAAUCAACCCUAUAACAACCAAAUGGAAGCCAAGAAAACGGCCUGAACAAAACUGAACACCCAAAAAAGUUAUUGAAAUGGCACAGACUGUGGCAUCUUUUAGCUGAAGCCUCUCACCCAAAGGCAGGAAUAAGGUGCGAGUACAUGUACUGCCUACCUGAUGCAGAGUAAUAUUAUUCAGUGGAACUGCAGGUGUACUACUACAGUGGAUGACGAGUGUACAUAUUUAAAUCUUGGCAAAGAUUAUCAAUGUGAAUUUUGUCUAGUUGCUACUUUGUGUUUGGAACUGAUGUAGACAGAAUUAUGGGAUUUUAAUGAGAAUAAUACAUUUUUAAAUAUAUUUGAACUUGGCAGGUAAAAUCAGUGUGAGUAAAAUCUUUAUUAACAAUCUAAAGCUUGAGAGCAGAAAAUUGCAAAUUGAAAGAACUCCCAAAAGCUCUCCGAAGUACCUCAUGAAAUUGUGGUGUUUAAAUACACAGACCAUUUGGCAGGAAACUGGUAGCAGGUGCACUAACCCUAGGUGAGUUACAGACUUGAAAAUAUGCAGAUUGUUAUUGGGAACAGUGCUCCCGCAUCGAUGGUGGCGUUGGAUGCGAUAGUUUGUUCAUGAAUAUUAUAAAAUAUUGCCCAAAAGAUCCACUCUCUGAUCAGAUUCGAUCAUGAUUUCUCAUGACUUUUUCUUUCACACCAUGUUAAUAUGUUUAUCCAUGUAGUGAGAACUUUAUUCCUGCAGUCCACCGUGGUAUUCUCAAAACCCACUUUGGGAUCUAAACCUCACAUUCAUUCCCUGGAGGUUUACACACACCCAGCGCAGAGUGGACAGCUUUACCUCUUCCAUGUGAUGGGUCAUAUAAUUUUAUAAUCCAUCUGCAGUUGUUUGGUAAUAAGUAGCUAAAUGGUGGUAAUUAUUACUGAAUGAGUCGAGGGGAACGUCCGAGGCUUCCUACAUGAUAAAGUUUAAACAGUGUGUGUAUUUUACUAACCUGCUGUUUUGGAGUUUUAAAAUGUACCUUUAUUUAUUGUCCUGCAUUGAUUUAUUGAUUUUUAUGUUCAGCCCUGCUUUAUAUUGUGCCGUGUGUUUAAUUAAUUAUCUGAUUAUUAUUAUUACGUACAUAGAUCUUGUGUGCAUACAAUUUUGACAAGUGACCUGCUGGCAUUAGACAUGCACACUUUCCUUUAUGUAUUUACUCAAAAAUAAUGAUCAAGUCAACCUGAAAACUAAACAGACUUUUGUUAGCCUGAAGUCGACUGUCACAAAGCGCUGACACUGGAGACUCCUUCCAUAAAUACUAUCAUCUACUUAUAACAAAACGUCAGCACAUAAAUGGAAUACACACUUACAAAAAACCCCACAACUCUUAACGUCAGGGCUUUGCUUCCUCCUCCAGAAUAGACAAAUUAUUCUUUUUAGGAAAACCGAACGCUCAGGUUCAGUUCUCGCUUUGAAAUGAAUCAAUAUCAUUUUUAGUCCCAGCGUCAUCCGGCACAGAAAAGAGUAAUGAAAUAUUUUCCCAGAUCCAUAUCACUUAUUCUCUGCCAUUCUGAGCAUCUCAUCAGAAAACAGAUUGAUCAUGGCCGGUGUGUUGGAGGAGUGGAGGUCAUCACGCCGCUGUCUACACGCAGUGUUCAGUGUGUUUGCUGGCAGAGCUGCAGUGUCCUACACACAAUAUGUCCUCCGAGGCCUCAUCCCCGGUGCCGGCGGCUCCAUCCACAACCCCUCCGCUAUCCCCUACUUCUCCGGUCUCACCUAGCUCCCUGCAUCUGCCCCAUUGCCGCCAGAGACCCCGCUCACCCUCUCCCAUGAGAGGGUUCCUGAUCCCCAGCCCGCUACCUACCCGCCGCAACCGCACCACCUCUGCGACUGCUCGGGCAGCUGAGGGUCCGGUCUUCACCGGGGUCUGCAAGUGCUUCUCCCGAUCCAAAGGUCACGGCUUCAUCACACCAUCGGAUGGCGGUGCUGACAUCUUUGUGCAUAUCUCAGAUAUUGAGGGAGAGUACGUUCUAGUAGAAGGGGAUGAGGUGAGCUAUAAAAUCUGCUCCAUUCCACCCAAACACGAGAAGGUUCAAGCUGUGGAAGUGACCAUAACUCACCUGGCACCUGGCACUAAACACGAGACAUGGACAAGAGACAGGAGACUAUCAGCGAUUGUCAACUCACUGCACAAUGGGUCAGUGGAUUAGCCGCAGCAUGAUGUUAAGUGUGUUGUCUUAGAAAAUCCAUUGCAAAUAAGUGAAAUGUAAAAUGAAAUUAAGUGAAAUUAAAUUAAUCUUAUUGUUUACAAUUCUUAUGCACCCCUGCACUUAUUUAAAUAUAUAUUAAUAAAUAAUAUAUUCAACUUAAACACAUGUUCAAACACAAUCGUAUAUAUAUUGUAUGUAUUUUGACUUUUGCCAUACACUUAUUUGCAGCAAUGGAUUUUAUAAAUACAUUUCUAAUAAACUGAAAAGCAUGUCAGGCAUUUUGUCUGUCCUUUCCUGCGAUUGUACAGGCAUCUCUAUGAUCCAUCCAUGCGGGACCAUAGACAUACAGGCACAAAAUUCAUGGAAAGGUUUUUAAAAAUAGGGAUUUCGAUUUGCAUUGUACACAUCGUUGAAAGAAUAAAGCCAAAGCUGAAAGUUUUUUUAGGGGUGAACCAUGUUUUCAUUCAUCAGUGUCUUCACAAAUAAACAGUCAUUACACUACACCUUCAGACACAGUGAUUAAACCUCAUUCUGCUGUCUUUAUACAUAGAGACAUUUACAUUGAUGGGUGAACAUACAGAGUGAUCAUUCGGUCAUAACUUUCUUUUGUCUCUAUACAUAAAGAGACAUUUACACUGAUGGACGAACAUAAUAAUCACCUGAUUUUGUAAAUGUGAGAAAUUGCAGGAAGCGCCCACUGUUUGCUUAUGUCUACAGUAAUUGCUAACAUUUAAAAAUGAACCUACAAUAAAUAAUGUCAAUUUAAUGAAAGUAAAGUAAAGUCCAUCUUUAACAAAAAAUGUAAUGAAAUGAAUAAAAUAAUUAAACAACCAGUUCGCUCAGUUUUGUUUUAUACAUGUUCGCAUAUUUAUAGCUAUAUUUUGUUGUAAUGUGGAGUGAUAAUCUCAAGGUUUACUGGGUUUUAUAUUAUUCUUAGCUCCUUUUUGCAUACUGUGGGUUUUAGUGAAGUUUACUGGAAAAAAAACAAACAAACAAAAAAAAACCCAAUUCCUGCCCAAUAUUC